AAGAGGACCACCCGGUGGACACAAAGGUCUUCCUUGUUCUGCGAUGUUUACCCUCCUCAGACACGGAACUCGCUCGCUCGGCCGUCCAGCCAGUUCAAGUGCAUCCGCGCUUUAUCGAUUAUCGCAGCCGCAGCCUUCUCUUCGCUGGUCUGCUGCAGUCCGCACCAUGUCUGUCCACCACGGAGAGUCCGCCGUCCGCCCAGAGCCUGACAAGGUUCUCAAGGACAUUGCCGACUACGUCCACAACUACCAGAUCACAUCCGACCUUGCCUACGAGACUGCUCGUCUCUGCCUUAUUGACACCAUUGGAUGUGGUCUCGAGGGCCUCCGUUUCCCGGACUGCGCCAAACUCCUUGGUCCAGUCGUCGAAGGAACUGUCGUGCCUAACGGCACCAAGGUUCCCGGAACCAACUACCAGCUCGAUCCCAUUCGCGGUGCCUUCAACAUCGGAACGCAGAUCCGUUGGCUCGACUUCAACGACUGCUUCCUUGCCGCCGAAUGGGGUCACCCAUCCGACAACUUGGGUGCCAUUCUCGCCGUGGCUGACCACCUCGCGCGUCAGGGCCAGCCCUUCACCGUGAAGGAUAUCCUCGAGGCCAUGAUCAAGGCCCAUGAAAUCCAGGGUGGCCUCGCGCUCCUCAACUCCUUCAACCGCGUCGGUCUCGACCACGUCGUCCUCGUCAAAGUUGCUAGCACUGCUGUCGUCUCCAAGAUGCUUGGUCUUUCGCACUCGCAAACCAUCGACGCUGUCUCGCAAGCGUGGGUCGACGGCCAGUCGCUCCGUACUUACCGCCACGCGCCUAACACCGGCCCGCGGAAGUCCUGGGCUGCUGGCGACGCAUGCUCGCGCGCGGUCAACCUCGCCCUUCUCGUCAAGAAGGGUCAGGCCGGCCUUCCCUCCGUCCUCACUGCCAAGGGCUGGGGCUUCUACGAUGUCCUCUUCAAGGGCAAAGAGUUCCAGUUCCAGAUGCCAUUCGGCUCGUACAUCAUGGAGAACGUCCUCUUCAAGAUCUCCUACCCUGCCGAGUUCCACGCCCAAACCGCCGUCGAGGCCGCGCACACGAUCCACGACCGCCUCAAGGCAAUGGGUAAAUCCUCGGACGACAUCAAGAGCGUCCGCAUCCGCACCCAGGAGGCCGCCGUCCGCAUCAUUGACAAGCAGGGUCCGCUCGACAACUUCGCCGACCGCGACCACGCCAUCAACUACAUGGUUGCCUACCCGCUCAUUUUCGGCGAGCUGACCUCCGAGUCGUACACCGACGCCUCGGCCGCUGACCCGCGCAUCGACGCUCUCCGCGCCAAGAUCCACUGUGUCGAGGACAAGAGCUUCUCUGUCAACUACCACGACCCCGCCAAGCGCUCCAUCGGCAACGCACUCCUUGUUGAGCUCAACGACGGUACCGUCCUCGAUGAGGUCGUCGUCGAGUACCCCGUUGGCCACAAGCGCCGCCGCGAAGAGGGCACGCCGCUCUUGAUCAACAAAUUCAAGAGGCAUAUUAGCUACCACUACGAUGAGGCUCAUCAACAAAAUAUCCUCAAGACCGUCGCAGACGCUCCUUCCUUCUUCAAGAUGCCCGUGGAUAAAUUCACCGACAUGUUCGUGAAGGCUUAAAUCCUUUGAUAGAUUAUUAGAUCCUUAGGAAUUGUUUCCAUUAACCUUGUUGGGAAUGAUACAAUGCAUGGUAGCUGCAAGAAAGAAAGAAAAGCUACUUGAUUU